UUUUUUUUUUUUUUUUUCCAUCCACUCCAAUGUUAGCCAUCACCCAAUACUGUCUAAAUCAGGGUUGUCGACAUCAUUUUUGUCGCGGGCCACAUUGUAGUUCCGGUUUCCCUCAGAGGGCUGUUAUGACUGAAACCAUAAAAAUCAUAUUGACGUGAAAUUUGUGAGUUAGUUUUGGUAUCAUAAAUCAAGGGUAUAAGUUUUUUUCAACUAUUGUUGAUGUUUGCUAACGUAAAAACGCUUGCAAUACCUCAAGAUUAUGAGUUAUGAUAUGACAAUUUGAAAUUUUGGUACAGAUUUGAACAAGAAUCACAGAAAUUGACAUACAUGAUUUGCCUUCGCGGGCCACGUAAAAUCGUGUGACGGGCCGGAUCUGGCCCCCCUGGCCUUAAGUUUGACACCUAUGGUCUAAAUCAGGGGUGUCAAACUCACAUUAUACUUACGGUUCCCCUUGGAGGGCCGUUACGACUGCGGAACCAUAAAAAUCUUUACCGCCUCAUUACAUAGUUACGUAUGAAAUUUAUGAACUCGCUUUGGAAUCAGAAAUCGAGAGUCAUGGGUUUUUCAACUAUUGUAUUUUGGUAACACAAAAAUGUUUGUAAUAUCUCAAUGUUAUGACAAUUUGUAAUUUUGGUGCAAAUUUGAACAAAAAUCACAGAAGUCAAUGCGUAUGAUUUGCCUAUGCGGGCCCCAUAAAAUCACGCGGCGGGCCGGAUCUGGCCCCCGGGCCUUGGGUUUGACACCCGUGGUCGAAAUAGUUAAGGCCGACGCGUUCGACAGUUCCGUGAAUUUGAAUACAAGAACUGUCUUUUGUAGCAUUUGUGUUUAAAUGUAUGGUCGGCCUGUGUUGGCCGGGUUCAAAAUGCUCACAAGUUCUGACUUAAAAGAGAAACAAAGCUCACUUGCUCAGGAAAUGAUGUGACACAUCCUUCCCUCGCUCCCUUCCUCCGUUUGUCAUCCCGUCACUCAAACGCGUCCACUCACAUCCCGACGUGCUCCGAGAUGAUAAUUGUUUUAUUCUGCCGCCCGGGUCAUUUCAUCAAACCUGUCGGGAACAAUUCGCUCUAUACGUUGCUGGAUUGGAGACGUCAACAAAACUACAGUAUUUGAAGUUAAAUGAGUCAUUUUCAGAGCAAGUUGGAGAAUUUCCUGUGGCACACCUAAUGGUCUUCCACGCCACACUUGAUGUAGAUUUUUAUCCACAGCAAACAAGAACUUGCUCGCUUCUCAGAUUCAGGGGCUUGAUGUGCUCUAAAGUACCGUCAUUUCCGGCCUACAAGCCGUGACAUUUUUCUCACACGCUUCCAACCCAGCGGUUUAUGCGGCGAUGCGGCUAAUUUGUGCAUUUUUUUUCUAACGGCCGCGAGGGUGCACUCGAGCGGAAAAGGUAUGAAUGAGACCGGUGGAAUAUAUGUGCCGAGGAAGUGACUUUUACCGGCCCUGUUAGCGCUGCGCUAGCGUUAGCACUGUGCCAACAUGUUGCUGCUGUGUUACUGCCGUGUCUCAAGUGAUAUUUACCGGUAAGUUUCAUUUUAACAAGCACUGUUAGCAUUAGUGCUAGCUUUACCGUGGCGUUCCCAUUAGCGUUAGCUUUAGCGCUAGGAUUAAACUUUUCUCUGUACCGUCUUUCUUUGUAAAUAUCUCACGUUUACCAGUAAAUUUUAUUUUAACCGGCCCUGUUAGCGCUAGCGUUAGUGCUAGCUUUAGCGUUAAACUCUUUCUGUGUACCGUUUUUUCUUCAGCUGCGGCGUAUGUAUGCACCAAUCGGUAUUUCCUUUCCAAAUGUACUCGGUGCGGCUUAUAACCAGGUGCGCUCUGUAGGCCGGGAAUUACGGUGGUUUGCGUAAUCCCUGUAAAAUUACAUCAACGUGCAGCGCUAACCAUUUUUACCACUGUACGUGUUUUAUAUUCAUAGAUUACACAUUUUUUUUUUCUUCAUUCAAAUACUUAUUUUAAUCGUGACUAUUAUGAUGUUAUCACAGGGUAAUGCUAAAGUGCGGCGCAUUCUGAUUUUGAUUCAAACUGUCUACUACAAUAGGAAAAGAAUUACGUUGUAAACCAAGAAAGUUAUGGAAAGAACUACAGUGACCCUAAAAGGUCAAAAAGGCUUGAUACUUGGAUAGUAAAGGUUGGGGAGCACUAAAUAAAUUAGAGGACAUAAUGACAAUUUUUCUGGAGGCAUGCAGUUUUAUUCAGAAUAUCUUGACAUUGGAACAGUUUUCCAAAAUUCCUGUCCUUAUUAUUUCUGAAUGUAGUUCACUGAAAGUUUGAGAUUUUUGUUUCCACUGCUACAUUUUGUAGCAUGGCGGAAACGAUGCUCAUCAACCUCAAGUGUAAGGUUAGUGUGGCGACCCAGUAUCCUUAUAAAAACCGCAAGUCCUAAACCGUCAAAUCCCGAUUGCCUCACAUCUGUCGGGAUGGAAAGGGUCUGAGUUUUCAUUUCGUUUGGUCCACUCGUCAACUCUCCCAACAUCUCUUCGAGUUCCUAAAAGUUCGUCUGAGAUUAAAGAUGAGUUGUUUGCCCCGGCGAUGUCCUUUUGAAGAGCUUCGGGCUCGUGCUCAAUGGCGGGAGGCGGCCGAGGUGAGAAUUGCAAAUAUUUAAUCGGGGCGGGAGGACGCGCCGAGUCAUGAUGGGACGCAGAACACUCCACACCUUGUUAUCGGAGACCUGGUACCAAGUGGAACGGCAUCUGGAGCGUUAAGGAGUGCGCGUGUUGUGUUUAGGGGAGGGGGGAAAAAAAAAAAAAAGAUUAUGUUGAAGCAUUUGGGCCUUUCCUCUGCUUUGACUGUGGGGCGCUUUGUCGUCAGGCCUCUUUCCUGGGGUCUCGUCGCCACGCAUCCCCCGUUCGGAGCAGAUGGGGGUCAAAGGCGAACGUGAGGCAGGAGGGGAUUUGCGUUACAGGGAUAACAUUCCCCAGAUAGACCAGAACGCCGUCGGGCCGAGGAACCUCCGAGCCAUCGGCGACCGAGCGAUAGCUUCUAUCUUUGGGCUGAUUGGACCCGCUGAGAGGUCGCUUAUCUGCAGGCUCUAUCGGCCCAAACUGUUGGCGAGAUCCACAGCAGACGUGCGCCCAUCCCCACGAGUACCUUACUGUUUUCAUGACCACGCGUCUCAAUGGCGGUUAAAUUUUGCUCACUGAUGGAGGGAACGAAGUACAAGUACCGUCAUUUCCGGCCUAUAAGCCGCGAUUUUUUUCACACGCUUUCAACCCCGCGGCUUAUGCAUCGAUGCGGCUAAUUUGUGCAUUUUUUUUCUAAAGGCCUCAAGGGGGCGCUCGAGCGGAAAAGGUUAGAGUGAAACCGGUGGCAUAUAUGUGCCGAGGAAGUGACUUUUACUGGCCCUGUUAACACUGCGCUAGCGUGUUACUGCCCCGAUUUGUACCGGGGACUGGUUCCGGGUGGCCGUCGGGGUCCCGUCGCCCUCCGUGCGCUCGCUGGGCUGCACGGCCCUGCGCCGCUACCACGGGCCCAGGAAUCCGGGAAAGGAAGCCGGCGGGUCGGAGUUCAGGAUGCGGAGGUGUCCGAGCGGCGAGCUUCUCGACCACGACGACAGCGCGGCGGACGUCCUGGACCACAAUGACUUUGUCCGUUUAGUGUUUGCAGAUGAAGACGACGACAUCAGCGCUUCUCUGUUGGCCGCAUCAGUGCACCCCUACCAGGAGCCGAGUAAGUUCAUCUCUCUGGACGGCAGCGGUCUGACCACGGCGGAUCUGGUGGCCUUGGGCCAGGGCUCCUACAAAAUAAAGUUAACUCCAGAGGCAGCGGACAAAGUUAAUAAAUGCAGAGCGGUGAUCGACGCCUUUACAGCGGAAGGAAAAGUUGUGUAUGGAGUCAACACCGGUUUUGGAAAAUUUGCCCACACACUCAUCCCAAAUGAAUUACUGGUGCAACUCCAAAAGAAUCUUGUCCUCUCCCACAGUGCCGGUGUGGGCCCCCCGUUGAGCGUGGAGAGGACCCGGAUGCUGCUGGCGCAGAGAAUCAACGUGCUGGCCAAAGGCUACAGCGGCAUCUCCAUGGAAACCCUUGAUGCCAUGAUCCAGGCCUUCAAUGCAUCUUGUCUGUCCUGGGUCCCCGAGAAGGGCACGCUGGGGGCGAGCGGCGACUUGGCCCCCCUGGCCCACCUCGCCCUGGGCCUGAUGGGGGAGGGCAGAAUGUGGUCGCCGCAGAGCGGCUGGGCCGACGCCAAGGCGGUACUUAAAGGACAUGGUCUCAAACCGCUCGUGCUCAAGCCAAAAGAGGGCAUAGCUGCCAUCAACGGCACCCAGUUUAUCUCGUCGCUGGGGGCGGAGGCUGUGGAGCGCGCCUGGGGCGUGGCCAGGCAAGCCGACGUCAUCGCCGCCUUAAGUUUGGAGGCCCUGAGAGGAAGCGCCAGACCCUUCCAUCGUGCUAUCCACGCGGUGAGACCACAUCCUGGACAGGUGGAGGUGGCCCAGAGGCUGUGCGCUCUUUUGGACUCUCCCGUUUUCCCCUCACAGAUUUCAGAAAGUCACAGGUGCUGCAAUCGUGUCCAGGACGCCUACGCGCUGCGCUGCAUCCCGCAGGUUCACGGAAUCGUGAAUGACACCAUCAAGUUUGUCCAGAUGAUCAUCACAACUGAAAUGAACAGCGCCACUGACAACCCUCUGGUGUUCGCUGAGAGCGGAGAGACUUUUUCCUGUGGGAAUUUCCACGGAGAGUAUCCCGCGAAGGCGCUGGACUACUUGGCCAUCGGUGUGCACGAGCUGGCCAGUUUAAGCGAGAGGAGGAUCGAGAGGCUGGUGAACCCGGCCCUCAGCGAGCUGCCGGCCUUCCUGGUCAAAGACGGAGGCUUGAACUCGGGCUUCAUGAUCGCGCACUGCACCGCCGCCGCUUUGGUAUCCGAGUCCAAGGCUUUGUGCCACCCGUCCUCCGUUGACUCCCUGUCCACCAGCGCCGCCACGGAAGACCACGUGUCCAUGGGCGGCUGGGCUGCCCGCAAAGCUCUCCGGGUCGUGGAGCAGGUGGAGCAAGUGCUGGCCAUCGAGCUGCUGGCUGCCUGUCAGGCUCUGGAGUUCCUGCGUCCGCUCCAGACCGCGGCGCCUCUGCAGAAGGUCUACCAACUUGUUCGCUCUGUUGUCAGUGCCUGGGAUAAAGACCGCAUCAUGAGCCCUGAUAUAGAAGCUGCGCACGCACUCCUCAGACAGCAAAAGGUGUGGGCUGAGAUUCAACCAUACGUGGACGAGUACAGGAACAAGAUGCAGGCGUGAGACAGCGGGAAAAUUAGAUUCAGUUUUAUUGGGCAUUUUUAUGCUAUAAAUAAAAAAUACUGUAAAGUUUA